AGUCCAAGAAUGUUAGUCGAUAUUCAAACGAUAUUCAAAAUCGAGAACGCUCAAAAGAAGAAAAUGCUGUCAAGAAAUCAAACGAGCAACCCUUGAGGCCAUCCGAUUCCCUGAUGGACCGCUCCUCGUCUCCUCACCCCCCGUCGGAAGCAUCCCAGCAUGAUCCAGCGGCACCCCAAGCUCUAUUUCAGAAGCUCAGUAUACUAGACCGCUUGCUCACGCCGGCCAUAUUGGUAUGCAUGAUCGUCGGGGUAGUUAUAGGCGAGUUUGUACCUGGCGUGCAGCAGGCAUUCGACACUGUCAGGUUCUACAAUGUCUCCGUCCCGAUUGCAAUUGGGCUCAUUGUCAUGAUGUGGCCUAUUCUCACCAAGGUCAAAUAUGAAGCCCUUUCACGAAUAUUAUUGUCCAGACGUUUAUGGGUGCACAUGGGAAUUAGUAUGAUUCUGAACUGGAUCAUCGGACCCCUUAUUAUGCUCGGUCUCGCAUGGGCCACACUUCCCGACCUCCCGACGUAUAGGACAGGCGUAAUCCUCGUCGGGCUCGCUCGUUGCAUUGCCAUGGUCAUGGUGUGGAAUCAGUUGGCUGGGGGGGAUGGUGAAUACUGCGCAAUUCUCGUCGUUGUUAACUCGGUGCUCCAAAUCAUACUCUACUCACCCUACGCGGUCUUGUUCGUGAACGUCAUUGGACACACCGAUCAAGGUGUUCAUCUAUCCUAUGGUGCGGUGGCAAUUUCGGUUCUCAUCUACCUCGGAAUUCCUCUCUUUGCUGGUAUCAUCACGCGCUUCACAGUCAUUAGACUGAAGUCGAAGGAAUUCUUUGACAAGACUUUUGCACCACGAUUUUCCCCCCUCUCCCUUAUCGGUCUCCUGUACACCAUCAUCGUUAUGUUUGCAUAUCAAGGACAUCAUAUCGUGCAGAACAUUGGCCCCGUUUUCCGGGUAUUCGUACCAAUGAUCCUAUACUUCGUCAUCAUGUGGACUUCAGCCUUUGCGCUUGUGUUCUUUCUUGCUCGCCGAGAAUUUCGCAAAGGAAAGACGGAAAAUGGGGAUUUCCCGUAUGAGCUGGCAGUGGUGCAGGCUUUUACCGCAGGAAGCAACAAUUUCGAGCUUGCAAUUGCAGUAGCAAUCGCCGUGUAUGGAGUGGGGUCAGAUCAGGCAUUGGCGGCGACCAUUGGACCGUUAGUAGAGGUUCCCGUGCUUCUUGCGUUGACCUGGGUGGCGCAAUAUUUGCGUGUUAGACUACAGUGGGGGCCUCCAGCGCAGUGCGGGAAUGUGAAGGUGUAGGCGUACUGAUGCCUUGAAGUUUUCAACCCAUUCCUGGCCAGUGGCUGGAGAGUGCACCCGACAGCACGGGGACAUACGCACGAUCCUCCCACUUACAGUUGUUAUAGUUGGGGUGAUAUUUUUUGGACUAGAAAGAAUCUUUUUCUUACCUACCAUUUAUGCCUACCUCUGCUGAGAUGCUGUAUAAAACCGGC